AAUAAAAAAUAAAAAAUAAAACAAAACCAAAAUCCCCUCAGCCUUCGGCGCGGGCGGGGCCGUUUUCUCAUACUCUGUCGGUGAUUUUCCCGUCAAAAAGUUCUUCCCUUCCCUAAAUUCUCUCUUCAAAUCUCUGGAUUUUUCCUCUUCCCCCAAAUUCCCCUUCCAAUUCAACGAACCCACAUCGCCGAUUCGUCUAUUAUGUCUUACGAUUACCUCUUCAAGUACAUAAUCAUUGGCGAUACAGGUGUGGGGAAAUCCUGCUUGUUGUUGCAGUUCACGGACAAGAGGUUUCAGCCUGUUCACGAUCUCACCAUCGGCGUUGAGUUUGGUGCUCGUAUGGUCACCAUUGAUGGCCGUCCUAUUAAGCUUCAGAUAUGGGAUACUGCUGGGCAAGAAUCAUUUAGAUCGAUCACAAGAUCUUACUACCGGGGAGCAGCUGGUGCAUUGUUGGUUUAUGAUAUAACUAGGAGAGAGACAUUCAAUCACUUGGCAAGCUGGUUGGAGGAUGCUCGCCAGCAUGCAAAUUCCAAUAUGUCAAUUAUGCUCGUCGGGAACAAGGCUGAUCUCGCUCAUCGAAGAGCUGUAAGCAAAGAAGAGGGAGAACAAUUUGCAAAAGAAAAUGGACUCUUAUUCUUAGAGGCAUCUGCUAGAACAGCUCAGAAUGUUGAGGAGGCAUUCAUAAAGACUUCAGCGAAAAUACUUCAAAAUAUUCAAGAAGGUGUCUUUGAUGUAUCCAAUGAGUCAUCUGGAAUCAAGAUCGGUUAUGGACGCCCUCAAGGGCCAUCGGGGGCCAGAGAUGGAACAGUUUCACAGAGAGGUGGAUGUUGUGGGUGAUUGUAAAGUGAAGGAGGGAAGUACUUGUUUUGUGUAUAUGAUGAAUCCUUUUGUGCAAGUUGUUUUACUCUUGUGCAAAAAAACAGCAUGAUUAAGUUCAGUGUAUCCUUUCAAAAACAUUGAAUGUAUAGUGAUAGUGACCAUCAUAACUCUACUUGGCAAGGCAAGCUAUUUACUUUGCUGACUCAAUAUUUUGGUUUAACAAAGUUUGUACAUUUGGUGAGAAUCCUGCAUUUUUUGUCA